AUGAAUCUCAGCUUCUUAGGCUCUAAUCCCAUCUCUCUAAAAGACUAAAACCUUCUCUUCAUCUCCAAAACCCUCUCUCUUUGUUCGGAGAUGGUGGGUUUUGAUCCCGCCUCCAUUGAAGACCUCGGAAAACCUCCUCCCAAACCCCCCAAGCAAGUGAUUCCAGUCGACCCUUCAGUAACCGUUGUGGACGAUUUCUGCCCACUAGUUAUCGAGCAGUUUAUAGAUUUUGAUUCUAUAGAGGAUUGGCUUGUUGAGAACGAUCCAACUGAAAUGCCAAUUGAAGGAGAAAACCCUUGUGGUGUCGAUGGCUCUGAAAUUAAUAGGAGUGUUGAAGUUAGAGACACUUUCAAAGGAACUGGCGAUGGAAACCCAUUUGUGGAAGCAGGAGUUCCUGGAGAGGUGGGUAAUUUUGGUACUCAAAUAGAGGCAGGGAUGGAGAAGGACCAGAAGGUUAAUUUGGUUGGUACUUCGGAGAGUUCUGUUCAAAUUUCUAUUAAGUCUGAAAACAUGUCACAGUUUGAUGAGCAGGGAUCAGAUGGAUGCCUGGCUGCUGUUCAGAGUGUCUCUCAAGAAACAGAAGUCGGUGCGAAUGGAGAAAUGGGAUUUCAGGUCUCUUCAGAUACUAAUCUGGAAAAGCCAGAGAAGAGCAAUGGUAGGAGUGACUCAAAGAGUGGUGAACUAAGUGAUGGAGAUGAGAGUGAUAGUAGUUCUGAGUCGGAGAGUGAGGUUUCUUCAUCAUCAUAUUCAUCUUCUUCAUGCAGUGACGAAGAGGAAGAAGAGGAUGAUGAUAUGAGCGACAUGGUGAAUGUUGGAGAAAUGGAAGAAGGUGAGAUAAUGGAUUUUGAGGGAGAUGGGAUUGCUGGUGACAGUGACGCUGAAGAGGACAUGGCUGUAAUGAAAGGACCCAUAAAAUCGAAGAAUGAGCUUCAGAUUCUCCCUCCAGUUCCUCCAGUGGAUGUCGCCCUGGAACCUCAUCAUCAAACCUUGCCUGUUGGAGUUAUUUCAUCUAUCAUGGGAACAAAAGUCAUCGUGGAAGGGUUAGAGAAGCACAAUCCUCUUAAUGAGGGUUCUAUCCUCUGGAUCACAGAAACUAGGUUGCCGCUAGGGCUGGUAGAUGAGAUAUUUGGACCUGUUAAGAACCCAUACUAUGUUGUACGGUACAACUCAGAUAAGGAGGUUCCCGCUGGAAUACGUAAUGACACCCCUGUGUCCUUUGUUGAGGAUUUUGCUAACCUUGUUCUUAAUAACAAUAAUCUGUACAAGAAAGGAUAUGAUGCAUCUGGUGAGAAUGACGAAGAAGUUUCUGAUGAAUUUGAGUUUUUUGAUGAUGAAAAGGAAGCUGAGUUCAGGAAAAUGUUGAGGAUGUCGAAGCAAGGUUCAAAUGGUCGUAAACGUGGGAACAGGGAUUUCAUUGACAAAAAGAAAGCGGAUUUCAUUGACAAGAAGAAAGCUCAACAAAAAGGUGAAUUCCAAAAGAAAAUUCACCCGUCAGUCCCUCCAGGCCUACAACUUUCUUGUGGUGGUCAGCCACCUGGAAUUCCAAACCAACACCAUACUCCAUCUGUUGCAGUACCAGUUGGUUGUGGUGGUUUUGCUUGCUCUCAUGGCACUGAACCAGGCACUGCUAGUAUGUCUAAUUUUGCUCCAUCUAUUUCACAAGUGGGGCAGGGGCAGGCUACAUAUUGUAUGCCUCAGCACUUGUUGGCAUUGAACAAUGGGGUUUGGGCAAAUGGGAUGCAAUCUCAGCAGCAGCCGCAGCAACAACAGCAGUAACAACAUGCAGUCUUUCCUAAUGGAUUUCCACAUAACGGGCUGCCUUCUCAGCAACAGAAUGUGUCGUUACCUUAUGGACAGCCUUUCCAGCAUCUUCAUCCAUUAUUUGUGAAUUUACCAAAUGGAAUGCCAGUUCAGCAGCAGUUUGAUCCUAGUCAGAUGUUACUGCCAAGUAUGGUACUACCAUGUGGGCAACCAAAUUUCACUACAAGGCCUUUAUCAACACCUUGGACAGGGAUUGUAGGCCAUCCUGGGUUCAGCCAGACAACAUUUGGUAUGGACUACACAAGUCAGCUUGGGCACUCAUCCAUGAAUUCUAGUCAGCAAGGAGUUAUGUCUAGUGGAUCAUGUAAUGAACAGAGUUAUGGAACACAACCACCUACUGUUACUCGAGGAAACUUUGCAGCUCCCCAGCAAUUUCAGCAGGGAGUGUACUCAACUCGUGGGAGAAAGCCUUACCGGCGAGGUAGUGGUAAUUUUGUAGGUGGUAGAGGUCGGAGAUAAUCUGGGUGAGUCUAUGUAAAUUGCUCCUUUCAGCUUUAUUUUUAAAAUGUGAGAGAUAAAGUUGUGGUGCUCCACUAGACAAGAGAUGUGCUAAUUUGUGAAUUAUGUAAAAUAUUUUCUUAUGAUAUGUUAACAUCUUGCAUAAAUAUGUACAUAGGAGUUGGUCUUUUCUUUCUUCAGAUGUUAUUUGCUA